AACCUGUGUCUUCACUUGAUCAAGCGACUUUGGGCAUCACAUGCAGUAAUUGUGGCGGUCUUUCUGCGUGAAUGACCAACUGGACUGUGCUUUUUAGGAAGGUGGAUGAAGUCUUCCAGCCAUUUAAAGCUAGUAAGCAUCAUCUGCAGGAAACCCGGUGGCAGACACAAGCAUGGUCGCGGGCGCCAAGAAGAAGUAACCAGCAGAAGAGGAGCCUGCACGAUGCUGCUACUGGAACUGGGAAUCUGGAUCAUCCCCUUCACCCUCGUUCUUGCACCAUGCAGACGACUGGUGCUUCUGGUUUCGAGGAUUCAAGGCUUUCGUGAGUGCGUGUUGCGUUCGCGAUCCACAUCUCCGGCCAUAUGGAGUCGGUUGGCGAGGCUCAACACCAUGACUUUCGUGAUAUAACGUUGCCGAUGGAGCUCGAAAGAUUCCCAGCCUGUGAGGUAAAAGGUUUUUGUCGGUGUGUUCUUCCACCUUGUCAUGUGAAGUGCUACAAAAAUGUUGUUGAUCUAAUAAUAUGUUCCGUUCUCGCUUACAAACCUCUCCUUAGUGUUGAUGGCAACACCCAUUCGAUUCUCCUGUUCAGAAACUUGCAAAUGGCAAAUCCAUGCAGCAAAAAUUUCGAUAUCUAUGUGUAUUCCUAAUGGAAGACUUCUUCUCGUCUUUCCUGGGAACUCAGUGAGCACCCUAAUCACUAGAAAAAAUUGCAAGUAAACAUAGAACACGUUGCUGUUUUCUCAAGCAAGGAGAAAGAAGAAGAGUUCUAUUCUGUUGAGGGAAAAUGACAUAUCAUCUCGUUGAUAUAUGGAUCAUACUCGAAGAACACUGUUCCAUGGCUGUGCCAGGAUGGAGAAACUAUGGAUUGGUGUUUCACGUAACUUUUGGAUCAGUUGGUGUUGCUCACACUUACAUGUGAAAGGAGAAAGAAGUUGAGGAAAGAUAGUUGAAGAUUGUCAUCAGAUAAUUUUUGGAAUAUUGGUUAAUGUUUUUAGAUGAAGUCAUAGAACUCGUGAUGAAUGAUUCAACAACUAUCUAAUGAUUUACAGAACAUGAUCGUGAUGAUGGAAAAUUAUUUUUAUGCUGAUUGUUCUCUUAUACAUACUGUUAUAUGCAAUUGAAAAGAUGACUUUGGUAGCAAGGAUGGAUCAUGGUUGAUGAUGAUAGUGUGAUGAUGGUUGCACAGCAGAGUUGGUUAAGGUGAGACUGUUGUGACUGCUGGUUGAAGCUUGGCCACACCUACCAUGGCAUGGGGGAGGGGAAUGGAGUGGUAGUUCCCCAUGUCAUCAACACACCGUGAUAAUUGCACAACUCAAAAGGCUAAGCAAAUGAUGCACGUAGAUUGGUAGCAUCUUUGGAUUCACGAGACUGUUCAGGGUCAAUGCACACAACUCGGUCAACUCGUGCCACUUUUGUGGAAGACAAAAGAGGACCAGUCCUUUUCUUCAUCUUAAAGUUCUUAUCGCUUGUAAUUUGUCACAUUAGAUUCUACCAGAGGGAAAAAAAACCCACUUUGUUGGUGAUAUUUUGUGGAACUACGUGGAAGCAUGAAUCGGUCAAUGGUCAACCGGAGGAAAAGCCCUGUGUUUAUGGUGCUCAGUGACGCGUGGAGACGGAGAACAGUGAUGGAACUGUCGAGACUGAACUUUUGGAAAUAAGAACAAAUCAUUAAUCUGAACAGUCGAUGGAUUCAGUAGCAGCAUUAUGAUUGCAAGAAAUGGGGAGCUUCUGACACAGGUCAUCAUUGCCGCAAUGGAGAGGGCACAAACUACUAUAUAGUCCGUUCCCCCAUCCCUUGCCGCAUUCCAUUCUCCAAGGAGAAGAGAGCACCCCCUCCUCCGGUCUACUCUUCUCUUUUUUCGGCUGCUUUCUCUCCUCCAUCUUUUCGUGUGGUGUCAUCUCAAAGAACUCCAGUGACGCUGAGAAUACGCAGAGGAAGUAGAGUGACAAGUGAAGGAAGGUUGUAAGCAAACAAACACAGCGAUGAUGAUGAUGGAAAAAGAGGAUCUAGCACUAAGCCUUGGCUUAAACACUUCCACCAAUUACUUCCCUCCUAGUCUCAGUCUCAUGGCUCCUUCUUCCUCCCCUUCUUGGCCAAUGUCAAGCCAUCGCCUCCUCGGUCCUUCAGGUGGAUCAAUCUCGAACGUGGGUGGAGCAGGAGAGACGCGACCACUAUUGACAAUGAUCGACGUGAAUCGGGCGCCGUCUGUGGCUGCGACAGCAGGAAAGGUCAGUGAGGAGGAGGAGGAGGAGGAGGAGGGAGGCGCGUCCUCCCUCAACAGCGCGGUCUCAAGCGUGGGCGGCAAGCGGGCUGAGCGUCACGCCCUCGCUGGGGACGACCACGACGCUGAGCGAGCCUGCUUCAGGGUAGUCAGUGACGAAGAGGAUGGCGAGGGCUCCCGCAAGAAGCUCCGUCUCUCAACGGAUCAGUCCGCCGUCCUCGAGGAGAGCUUCAAGAAGCACAGCACCCUGAACCCCAAGCAAAAGCUAGCAUUGGCCGAACAACUCAACCUGCGGCCAAGGCAGGUGGAAGUCUGGUUCCAAAACAGAAGAGCAAGGACCAAGCUGAAGCAGACGGAGGUGGACUGCGAGUUCCUCAAGAAGUGCUGUGAGAGCCUGACGGAAGAGAACAGAAGGCUUCAGAAAGAAGUCCAGGAGCUGAGAGCCCUGAAGCUGUCGCCCCAGCUUUACAUGCAAAUGACCCCUCCCACCACGCUCACUAUGUGCCCUUCCUGUGAGCGAGUCUCCAAUCCAGCCACCACCUCCUCGCCGGCCAACCCGCAGCCUUCGGAGCACCAUCAGUACAGCAACCAUGACCGCCAGACCGCCGCAUCAUGGGCGCCGUUCCCGCUUGAGCCAUUGUUUCUUGAUUCCAUUCCUCAGCGAUCUUAACCACUAAUCAGAGCAGCACCACCAUGGUCGGUUGAUCAGCACUGUUGCACUUCCAUAUCUUGCAAUACUGUUUUGAUCCUGCCGAUUCACUUAUGGGACUGUGAUAUAUAUAUAUAUCCUGUUGUGAGCUUUA